AUGUUCUCCCAACUGAAGUUCGAGCGUGCCUGGGUACUUGUUUUAGGACUAGUUGCCCGAGGCUCACUUGCCGCUGGGCCUUGCGAUAUAUACUCCUCCGGCGGACCACUUUACCAAGUGAAGCGUGGCUCUGAUGGUGUCACUGCUGAUAUAGCACCUCUAUCCGCUGGCGGUGUUGCGAAUGCCGCCGCACAAGACUCCUUCUGCUCCGGGACGACCUGCCUCAUCACGAUCAUUUAUGACCAGUCCGGCCGGGGCAAUCACCUUACUCAGGCACCACCUGGUGGCUUCAGUGGCCCGGAGGCCAAUGGCUACGACAAUCUGGCCAGUGCAAUUGGUGCACCAGUCACUUUGAAUGGUCAGAAGGCCUAUGGUGUCUUUGUCUCCCCCGGUACCGGCUACCGCAAUAAUGCCGUCAGUGGCUCAGCCACAGCUGACGCAGCCGAGGGCAUGUACGCAGUUCUUGACGGAACCCACUAUAACGGUGGCUGCUGCUUUGAUUACGGCAACGCCGAGACCAGCAGUACAGAUACUGGCAAUGGCCAUAUGGAGGCCAUCUACUAUGGCGACAGUACUACUUGGGGCUCUGGUGCUGGUAGCGGUCCUUGGAUCAUGGCUGAUCUUGAGAACGGGCUAUUCUCCGGUGUCAGCUCCGGCAACAAUGCUGGGGACCCAUCGCUUUCCUACCGGUUCGUCAAUGCCUUCCUGAAGGGCGGAGCAAACAAGUGGGCAAUCAAGGGCGGCAAUGCUGCGUCCGGCUCGCUAUCAACUUACUACAGUGGCGUGCGCCCGACUGCAUCUGGCUACAACCCGAUGAGCAAAGAGGGUGCUAUCAUUCUUGGCAUUGGCGGCGACAACAGUGUUAGUGCCCAGGGCACAUUCUAUGAGGGAGUGAUGACCUCUGGCUAUCCAUCUGAUGCCACCGAGAACGCGGUGCAGGCCAACGUCGUCGCAGCCAAAUACGCUGUUGCCUCAUUGACCAGUGGUACAGCGCUGACCGUUGGCUCUUCCAUCUCGCUGCGCGUAACAACCUCUGGUUACACGACCCGCUAUAUCGCACACACCGGCACUACGGUCAACACCCAAGUUGUUUCAUCCUCUAGCACUACCGCUCUCAAACAGCAAGCCAGCUGGACAGUUCAUACCGGCCUCGGCAACAGCGGUUGCUUCUCGUUCGAGUCGGUCGACACUCCCGGCAGCUUCAUCCGGCACUCGGACUUUGUCUUCUACCUCAACGCCAAUGACGGCACAAAGCAGUUCCACGAAGACGCUACCUUCUGCCCGCAAUCUGGCCUUAGCGGCCAGGGUAGCUCGAUCCGAGUUUGGAACUAUCCAACCCGCUAUUUCCGUCACUAUAACAACGUUCUCUAUCCCGCGAGCAACGGCGGUGUCCACACCUUCGACUCUGCCACGUCAUUCAAUGCUGACGCGAGCUUUGUGAUUAGCAGCGGGUUUGCUUGA